UAGCUGAGUUCUUGCACAGAUACACACCAUAAACUCAGUUUAGUUAUAGAGAUUUUUCUUCGUGGUCGUGGCUUGCUGUAAAACCCGUAAAAAAUUGCAAAUCUAUUGAAAAAACUAACAAAUUUCGAGAAUGCGAAGUCCCUCGGCAGCAGCUUCGGCAAUGCAAAGGAUUUGUCUGAUAUAAUGACUGGCAGCUUUAAGGUGCAACUCAUCAAUAUGGGCACUCGCGCUGCCGCCUUUCAGGCAAAACUGAGAGCCCUUCAUGAAUACCACGUACGUCUCUUGCACAACGUCUUGCCUGCGCCCUCUGGCGUCGAUAUUGCUAACAAUAUCAAAUACUUUUCUCAAACUCUACUAACUGUCCUUAAAGAUGUGCGUACCUCGCCGCACGAGCUUAUCCGCGAUCCUCUUGAAGAUCCCACUCGCAUGUCUGCCUAUCCCAAUCUCGAAUAUGGCAACCUCUACAAUGCUCUUACUAUGCUCAUCGAUGUGGCACCUUGCAUCCAGUAUGGACAAAUCGUUUUCGGAAAAGCUCUUUUGCAGUGCCUAAGCUGCAUCUUACCCUUUCUCGACAAAGACCUUAUCGAUAAUCUACCCUAUCUAGUCAGCUCUACUAUAUCUGUUCUACCGCCAGCAUUGCACCAGUGUAUUAUUAAUGCUCUAUGCUACUAUAUCUUACCCUUUACUAUAACCCGUCGCAGCUCUGAUGAGCAGGAAUGCCAGGCCUGCCAGUCUGUGUCCUCGGUCAUCAUGAUGGUGCUGCAGUACUCUAACAACCCGGCUCACCAUUGCCAGCUGCUGGAGUGCCUGAUGACCCUCAAACACAAUGUGGUCAAGGACAUUCUUUGCGUGGUAGCCUAUGGGACUGCUGUCUCUAGAACCUCGGCUGCCAAGCUGCUCUUCUACUACUGGCCAGCCUUCAACGCCAAUCUCUUUGAUCGCAAAGUUCUGCUCUCCAAACUAACUAAUGACCUGGUGCCCUUCACCUGCCAGCGGGAGCACUGCCCGAACUCCGGAAACGCGGAGGCGGCCAAGGUGUGCUAUGACCACAGCAUCAGCAUUGCCUACGCCCCAGAUUGUCCACCACCCCUUUAUCUGUGCAUCGAGUGCGCCAACGAGAUUCACCGGGAGCACGGGAGCCUGGAAUUCGGCGACAUCCUGCACCCCAUGCAGCAAGUAUCCAUGGUCUGCGAGAACAAGAAUUGCCGCUCCAACGAAAAGUCGGCCUUCUCCAUCUGCUUCUCCACGGAGUGCGCCAGCUUCAAUGGCAACCACCCGAUCCGCUACUGCAGCCAGUGCCACAGCAACAGGCACAAUUCCCGGCGAGGAGGCGACCACGUGGUCCACCGCAGCCUGCAGCCCGCCUGGCAGAUGGAUCCCGAGAUGCAGAUGCACAUGGUCGAGUCGGUGGUGAGCCUGCUGCGAGAGGCCAAGCCCAUAAACUUUGAGCCCGGCAAGGACUCCGCGAUGUCCGACUCCAAGAAGAACGGCUCCCCCCUGACAGCCGAUAAUAUUUCCCUGGAGGAGCGCCAGAGACUGGGACGAUAUGGCAUUUGGUUGCUGGUGGGGCGCUGCACUCCCACGGCAGAUACACCAGUGGAAGUUCUGGGCAGGAUCUUGAGCAUGCUCUUCCACUGGUUCCAUGUCACUGCCUAUUCCUAUGAUGCUGCCGGACAAGUGGAGAGCACCAUUGAGAAGCUAAAGGUGGAUCACGUGUGCGACUGGCUGAAGGAAAUCUGUAGGAUCCACUACAACGUCUUCAUCUCCUGCCUGUUGCCACAUCCCCCAGAGUAUGCCCGCGUUGGUGGCCACUGGGAGACCUUGGCAUCGCGAACCAGUCACCUGAAGGAGGGUCUUCAAAGGCUCAUUUGCCUGGUUCCAUACGAGGUGAUCACCUCAGAGAUCUGGGACUAUGUAAUGCCCCACUGGAUGGAGGCCAUCACCAACGAUGUGGCCGAAAAGGAGCUCAACGAGCUGAAGAUUGUGCUCAGCAAGAUCCUCGAUCCGGAGAUGUCCCCCCUAGGCUUCGAUGCCAAGACAAUGUAUAACUUUGUGGCCAUUCGGUUUGAGAAAACCACUGCUAAAGUGCAACAGCAAGCUCUUCACUGGCUGCAGAUCCUCACCAAGCUGGAGAUCCUCAUCCCACUUGUCCAGUUAUUCGCCAUGUUUGGCGAUGGCGUUCGAAUUAUGAAGUAUGGCAUCCAACAUGAGUUGAUGCGCGAGAAGGAUGCCCAAGCCCAAUCCCUGGCCAAGGCUCCCAAGACCCCUUGUAAAGAGAGCAAGGAGACCAAGGCAGACAUGGCCAAUCCGCCCAGGCGCAGCUCCAUUUCUCCCGUUGUCGAGGAUGACUCGGGCAAUACGUCUGCCAUCUCGGAUGAUGAGGCCCCCACCAAUCGUCACACGGAGUUCUCCACGGAUGCUGAACACAAUCUAACCUGCUGCAUCCUCAUGCUGGACAUCCUGCUGAAGCAAAUGGAACUGCAGGAUGUGGAGCAGCACAUGGGCAUCCACACGAGCGUAUGCGAGAAUGUCUCCAGGUUGAUCAAGUGCAUGGUCACCGCUGCUCGAGUGGGACUCAGCAGUCACGUCUGCGCCUUAAAGGUGGCAGAAUGUGCCUACUGCGAGGCUUCCAUCAUGUGGCAUCAGCUCGCCACUAAGUUGGUACAGUUCAUGGCCCCCCUGAAUCCAGUUCGGCCACCAGAUAUUCCCAUCGAGGACAUCAUCGAAGAGGAAAAGUCCUCUCGCAAAUCCCCACCCGAAUCCGACAAGGAAAAGACCCGUGAUCGAGAUGUCUCCCUUUCGAUGGCUCCCUUACCAAUUCCCUUGGGACCCCUAGGAGGAUUUGCAGAUAUCUUUAAGCUAGAUCAAUUCUUUUCAGACGAUGGAAAAAUUAUUAUAAUGGCAGGUCCUGUGCCGGUGGCUGUUCCCCAACCAGAACCUCACUCGGUGGGCGGAGUCCUCGUCCAUAUGCCCCACGUCUGUUCCAAUAACGAAAAUGGGCAUUCAGUUGAUAGUAAUGAAUUGAGAAAAGUUCACGCCACAGACGAGAUCAUGACGGCGACGGUAGAAACAGUUUCAGAGCAGCUAGACCUGGCCUCCAUCCUGCCCACAGACCGGGCCAUAGCCCGCUCUAUAACCCUUUCCGAUGCGGAUGUGGGCAGCGCCAAUGUCAGCGUGACCAAGGCCUCGGUCAUGGGUGAGAACGGUGCCAAUGGCGGAGCGGCCUGUGGCGGCGGGGAGAACGGCAGCGGAUCCGAGGAGGACGAGGAGGAGGAGGACAGCGACGACUUCUGGCACACCUCCGUGGGCAAGUUCAAGUUCACCCUGGACACGCUGCCCCAGCCACUUCAGUACAUCCAUCAGCUGCUAACGGAAAUACCCACUAUCAAGAAGCCGGAGAUUCUAUACUAUGUCCUCCAGUGCCUCAACACGAUGGCUCUGCAUGGCGAUGCCCUGGCCAAGGCGGCGAGGGAGCAAAGGGGCUUCUUCAUCUGGUGUCAGGAGAACCUGCUAAUCAAGAACCUGUGGGAGCUAUGCAACGCGGAGCACUCUCACAUCUGCCAGGUGGGCGUGCCGCUGCUGCUGCACUGCAUCACGCUGCCACUGGGAUCGGAUGUCUUUUGGCGAGUGGUGCAGGAGGCUUUCCACGACACGGACUGGCGCGUUCGGUUCACGGCAGUGGAGCGAGUUACCGUGAUUACCCGCUUCAUGGACUCCACUCCCCUGCGCUCCGAGGUGGGCCUGCAGACGGCGCUGGCCACCGCCUUCUGCCACCUGAUCGCCAGCAUGGACGACAUCAACGUGUAUGUGGCGCAGCGGGCGACCCUCUACAUUGGGACCAUCCAUGACACGGCAAUUCGGUCGCUGCUCUUCUGCCUGGAGUCGCAGUUCGAUCUGUUCAUCGUGGACCGCCCGGUGGUGCUGCAGUCGGUCUACCAGCUGCACAACUCCCUCUCCGACCGCAAGUUGCUCGGCUGGGACUUCUUUCUCAACCGCUUCGACACGCUCUUCGUGGAGGCGCAGAUAAAUCUGGAGAAGUGCGGCGACAUCUCGUACCUGCGCGAUCUGAGGAACUCGGACAACGGCAGCGAGGCCCUCUCGGCCAAGAUCCAGAAGGCUCGGGAGGCCCUCAGCCAGUCGGACACCAGCGGCAGCAUGGCCAAAACGCUGAGCGCCUCCUUCGGCACCAAGUGGCCCUACAAGCGAACCAUGUCCGCUCCCGCCAGCAUGGCCCCGCGACAGGAUAGCAAGUUUGUCCCCGAGAAGGAGAAGAUCUACAGCCGGCAGGUCUCGGCGCCAAUUCUAAAGCGGAAAACCUCGCGCUUCGGACUGGGUCAGUUCCUGGGCAGUAGUAGUGGGGGGGCUUCUGGCAGCAGCCAGUCGGUGAAUCCAGCAGCAGCGGCAGCGGGCUCCUCUCGACCCAAGCCGCCGCCUUGUCCCGUCCACCAGCCAGCGCACACGGCCUUUCCCUAUCACACCCACCACCACCACCCACACGCCGCCCACCAUCCGUACCCUCACCCCCAUCCACAUCCACACCAUCAUCCGCAUCAUCAUGCCGGUAGUAGUGCACACGUAGCCACCACCGCCUCCACCUCGGCGGGUCUAGUCUCGACGCACAGCCAGAGCCACCAGUACCUGGUGCACUGUGUGCCCCCCAGUCACCACAGUCCGAUGCCCACGCUGCAGGAGGCGGAAACACUCCUCCGCUCCCAGGCAGCCGCCGAUGCCGCCGCAGCGAGUGGAUCAGCCGGCGGAUCACUGGGCCAUUCCGGCCAGGAAGCAGCGGCAGUUGGAUCGGGAUCGGGAGCAGCCGGAGGCAGCACGGGGAAUGCCCCGAAUUCCCAUCACUCCUUCCACUCCCACUUCCAAAAGCAUCCGUCGGCACCCAAUCUGCUGCCCCCGCAGCCGGCCAUCGUGCCGGCCCCCAGUCCCAGCCCCUCGACUCUGGCCUUCCCCCUGCACUGCACCUGCGAUGCCGCACCCCAUCCGCAUCCCCAGGUCUCGGGUGCGGCGGCCACCGGCAGCGCGGCGAACCCAGAUGGUCACAUCCAUUCUUUGGGAGGACUAAACGAUGAUAACCUCAUUGGGCUGCUCUCGAGGAUCACGGAACUGGAGGAGUCAGACAGGGAGACGAUUCACCUGCUGGUCUUUAUGCUUAUGCAGUUUAUGUCCCGCACGGAUCAGGCAUAUCCAUCUGAGGAGAAACCGAUGACCAAGACCCAGAAUAUUGUGCUCAAGCACCUUUUCCUGCUCUUAGGUCACAACCAGAUCGAUAAGACCUUCCACACAACUCCGGAGUCUCUUAGGGUUUCGGCCGUGUUCAAUGCUUUCUUGGCCAACCUUCCACAGGUUUUGGACCAGAACCACUUGAUAGGUGGCCUCAUUCUGCCCUCGGUUAUGCAGAUCAUUCUUUAUGCUCCAAAUCCUACAAGCACCUCUGGAGAAUCCUACCAGAAUAUAGUCUUCAACUAUUCCCUGUGGCACCUGGAGCAGUAUCCGCGCCGCAACUGGCUCUUCACCUUGCUGGUGGUGCUCUACAAGUACUCGUACACCCAACCUCCUCUUAGUGGCUAUGUCAUCGCAGGGAUCCGCUUGAUCAUGAACAGUCUGCGCGGCCACUUCCACCAAUGCCGACGCAUUCCAACCACCACUAUCUUGGACAUCCAGGGAGUAGGUGGCGCUGCUCGAUCCCGAGAUGUCAGUCAGCCCUCACUGGGCACCGAUCCGGAUGACAAGGAGGCCAGUCCGCCGGCCAGUCCAAUGUUUCCCUCGGAGGGAACCAGUGCCGCCUCUAAGAGCAAGGGUCAAAAUGUGGCGUUUACCCCGAAGUUGCAGCAUGCCUUCAGGAAGUACAACGAUUCCAGCCUGGAUGCGGAUGAGACGGAGUCGGAGCUGGUGGCCAUUCCGGAGAGUGAUCUUUCGGAUAGCACUUUACAUGGCAGUAGUGCACCGGGAUCCUUUGAUGAUACCAUACAUUUUGAGGACGUCAUGCCACGCAAUCGUCGAACCCUAGAAUACACAGAAGAGAGAUCCACCAAAUCCCACAAGUCGAUGAUCACGACUAAGGUUGGCGAUACAUACACCACCAAAAUCAAGGCCACCACCACUAGUGAGACUCUGGUGACCACCCACACCAGGCAUAGCGUGCAGGAGGGCGUCCGAAUGAUCGUUACCCCUUUGGUGGGUGCGGAAACCACCGAGACGGCUAUUGUGAGUCCACCAGUGGAUGUCCACCGGGCAGUAACGGUGCGCAACAAGUCGCUGGAAAAUGCAGCCGCCUCCACCUCGAAGAUGUUCGCUGCUAUAGCCACGAAUCACCUGAAGGCACUGGGCGCACUGCAGGAUCUGCCCACAGCGGACAGGAAAGCUGGAUCCAGCAGCGGUAGCGGCAGUCGAUCAACCAACGGCAAUGGCAGUGGAGGAAGUGCACCUGCUGUUAUCCAGGCAUCCUCCUCAGGGGCUGCCAGCAAGCCCAUUGGACGCCACAAGACGAUUGUGGAGUGCAGUGCUGGAAACUCGAGCUCCUCGGCGGAUGAUUCGAGGCAAAAGAAAUCCCAAACGAAGUCGCUUCGGCGCACAGAUAAGAACUAUGGCUCGCCGGAGUCGCCGCUGUCCAAGAUGAGUGUAAUGCCGAAUCCCAGGGAUGAAGUGGAUGAGGGUAUGCAGAGCCUGCCACCACCCAAGAGCAUUGCCGCCCUGGAGAUUCCCACCCCGGAGCGCCUGCUCCCUAUUGGCACCCAGGACUCGGUGGCCACGCUGGUAGAGCGGGUGCGAGAUGGUCUCAAUCUGCCCGACAUCAGUCACCUCAAACAGGACAGCCUGGAUGUGUCGGAGAGCACCAAGGACGAUAUCACACCUAGUAGCAGGACCAACUCCCCUCGUCGCCUCAUAAAGCAGGUGGCUUUGGAAUCGCCCCCAAAUCCAAAUGCCCAGCUUCCAUCGCAGCCCUCGAUGGAUCUGCACAGCUCCAUCCUCAAGAAUGUCCAGCAGGAACUGAAGCAAAAUGCAGAAGCCUCUGGUGGCGGCGGCUUGACCACCAGCAACAGCAUCAAGCGUCCUCGCCAAAAGCUGGCUCCCUUCAAUGUGGACAGCAAUGCGAUUCCGGACAUACGAUCUCGGUUCGCUGGCUCCUGGCCACCGCCUCCCUUCCAACCGGUGGAUCCGGAUCCCGAUGAUGAUGACGAGAUUGCGGCAGAGGCCUCCAAUGGCCAUGGAACACAUUCAACUGCUCAUGCUCCACGUGGGAGUUCCCGUCGUGUGGGAGACUAUACCAUUGUGGAACGCUGCUCCGACUGCGGUGCCCACAUUGAGGAGUACACGGAUGAGGAGAUUGGCAUCUUCAUAGUGAUCCUAGGAACCUUUAUCCACCGUGAACCCGCCAUGGCAGCUCCGUUCCUGCCCGAGAUCCUCACCAUGACAUCACGCAUCUGUUUAAGCAGCACCCAUGCUUGGCAGGGUGAGAAUGGUCCACCGUUGGCCAGCAGUGCCCAAGCGGUGGCCCUUCAAUUCUUCCGCUGCGUUCUUCAUCAGUUAGCCCCCAAUGGAAUCUUUCUGCAGGUGUUCCAGACCCAAAUGAAAAUGAAAGUCCGUCACAACCAUUUCCGCAGUAUUGCCAAAGCACUGCAGGAUUUCCAGGAUCUAAAUGCUACCAGUCCCAUCUACAUGGUCUGCGACUCGCUGACCUCUAAGAAGGCACUGCCCAUCGAACAGCUGCCCGUGAUCUUCCGCAACAUGGCCGAGUACUUGAAUCUCCAGUGCGUUCCGGCGGAGGCGGGAGUGGGUUUGGCCGUCUGGUCACAGGCGAUGCAGGCCAUGGAGUCGCUCCUGCGCCAGGUGAUCGUAAUAAUGCCCAGUCUUACCAAUGCGGAGUACAUGCUGGACAUCAUAGCGGCCACCUUGAGGCUCAAUUGUGUGCCAAAGACACUGCUUGAUCCAUACUCCAAGAUCAUGGCCUAUUGCGUUCAGCACACCAAUCUGGAGUACCAAACGCUCUACGAGCUGUGCACUCUGAAUAUUAGGUCAUUCAGCAAGGAUCGGGACAAGAACCUGCUGUGCCGUCAGAUGAUUUUUGAGUUUGUGCAGGCGCUCAAGUUCAAAACGAAUAUUCCGGACCACAAUCUACUCACCAUCAUUGGAUUUGUGCUACUCGAUGCUGGCGGAACUCUGCCUCCAGGAGCUGCUCCUGGCUUGCCCGAUGCUGCUCCCAUGAUGACCACCAACUCGGCGGAUUGCUUGAGGCAGUACAUAAACGAUGUCAUUGACUUUUUGGCCGAUUUCCACACGCUCAGCAAGAUCAAGAACAUCAAGAAUGGUCAGACGAGCAAUGGCCUGGGAGAAGACACCUUGGGCGGAGUCCUUAAAGGAGCAGUGGCCCAAUACCUGGCCCUCGAGAUGUCGCGUGGCAAUUCUAGGGACAACAAAGCUGUUUCCCGCUAUCUCCCCUGGUUAAACAAUGCUCCAUCCUCCCUUCAGCAGGGACCCAAGGAAUUCACCGAGUGCGUGGGCCACAUGCGCCUGCUGUCCUGGUUGCUUCUCGGCUCGCUUACCCACAUGGCUCUGAUGCAGCGCCGCCAGGAGACGCACAGCAUUCCAACGCCCCUGCCACCGCAGCCUGGACAGGGAACGGGUCCCACGGCCAGUGUCCACUACCAGCAUCAGGGAGUAACAUACUCGCAACCGGUGCCGCAGGAAGCCUCCUGCCACAUUGCCGAUCAUAUACAGGUGAUCUUUGCCGGAUUUGCGGAACAGUCCAAGACCUCUGUGCUGCACAUGUCCUCGCUGUUCCACGCCUUCACCCUCUGCCAGCUGUGGACGGUCUAUCUGGAGCAGAUGGCCCACAAUACCAACAGCAAUGCGGAGGGCAGCACGUUGGGCGUGCUCUUUGAGUUCUGGGCAAAGGUGACGCCCUGCAUCUUGCAAUUAGUGUCCCACGCCAAGCCGGCAGUCAACAAGGAUCAGCCGCAGACCCCCUUGGACUUUCAGACGCAGAGCGCCAACUCCAAGCUGUCCGAGAUGGUUAACCUGCACUUCCUUAGUCUGCUGGAGGCGCUGAAGGACACCAAUUCCACGGUGCUGGGCAAGCUCCUACCCAUGUGGAGUCCAGUUCUCUCCUCGCAGACGCAACUCUCGGACACUUUGCAUGUACGAUUGCAGAAUGUGAGAGACUAUGCACCGGACUACGAGGAGCAGCAGGCCUAUAAGUCGGAGGCUUUGCUCAAAUGGCUGCAGCGUUUGCAGUUUAAGAUGGGGCAAAUCGAGUUACAGGCCUCCACGGCCACCCAAUUCUAUUCAAUCUAG